AUGAGGAAGAAGCCUGCUGCAAACACUCCACGAAAGGUGGAAUUCUCGGUCUGGGAGGAUGAGACUAUUACUCAGAUCCUUAAUGUUACCCUGAAUCGUUCUGUAGCUGAGAGUAGUGGGUAUAACAUUGUGUGGUUAAAGGGUUUACAGACAGAGCUGGCCGCAGAGAAUACCUCUUCUACUGGAUCUAUUCGUCUGAGUGGCGAGAUAAUUGACAGGUUACUAAUCUCGCGACUCGAGCUUGAUCCUCAGGCCAUGUCAGAUGAUCUCGACUACGUUUCCGUUCUUGCAUCGCUGCCCGCGGAUCAAUCCGUCUUCGAAUACCUGGUUGGAUGCUGGAAGCGCAUCAAUGGGGCUAGAAGAAAUAUCUUGGGCAAGAACCCUGUAGAUGACACGCAGAAAGCACUCAGCUUGCUUGACAAACUGCGCGAUCUUGUGAUCAGCUACACGGGUCUUACGUUGCAGAUGCCUGAUAUGUUUCCUCAACCCCAAGGGAAAGAAGUUGGACCUAGCGAGCUCGUCCGACCUCUUCUUUCACUCUCAGCGCUGUCUGCCCCACUCUCCUCUGCCUCAUCCGACACAGCAAGCAUCCUCGCAUCCGAUAUUGAAACCUUCUUGCAAGACCUUGCGCGGCGAUUCGCCCCGGACAAUGAAAUUGAUGACGUAAUUGGACCUGUUGUCUUGCGUCUACUCUUUCACGAGUCCCUGUUACGCCCAGAGGGCCUGGCUGGAGGUGACUCGAGCUGGCGUGGCGUCGUGAGCGGACUUGAGGCACUCGUUUCAGUGAAGCCAAUUGCCAUCAUGAUUACACGCCUACCGGAAUGGUGUCCACCUACCGCAACGGGGGCGACCCUGGAGAAGGUAUCCUUGAUGGGCCCGCUGUGUCGGCUUGGCGUUUUCAGUAGAGAAUGGCCUUCCAUAGCACAAACCUACUUUUCUGAGCCCACUAAGCGGACGAGGCAGGAUGUCGACGCCUCCAAUGCAAGCUUGCGGGGAACAAUCAAGAGUCUCCAGAACUCUCUAUUCCAGAUCUUCAACGCGUUUGUGCGAGCGUCGUCUGAGUCUCGCGAAGCAGUUUUGCGCUACUUCUCGGCAGCUGCCAAUCUCAAUGUCAGGCGCGCCGGUAUGCAAGUUGAGAUUGAGACCGUAGCGUCGGACAGCUUCAUGAUGAACCUACAAUGUGUGCUCCUACGCUUUGCUGAACCAUUCAUGGAUGCAGGCUAUACGAAGAUUGAUCGCGUCGACCCUCUCUACUACGCAGUAUCCGAUCGCGUUGACCUAAAAGAAGAGACUCGCAUCAAGGCAACGAGUGAGGAAGCGGCUCACUGGGUCGAGGAAAACAAACCCAAGGCCUCCGCACCGAACUUCAUCUCUGAGAUUUUCUACCUUAGCAUUGCACUGAGCCAUUACGGCUACCUUCGCACGAUCCAGACAUAUGAAGAUUUUGCCAAACAUCUCGAUGAUCUCCAGCGGCAUAUGGAAUAUCUGGAAGGCGAUGGUUCAUGGCGAGGGAGUCCUUUCCAAGCUCGGACAGAGCAUGCAUUGAACGCCGUGAAAGCUGAACAAGCGAAGAUUCAAGCGCAUCAGCUUGCUUUCCGCAUCCAGCUACUCGACCCUGAGCUAGUGUUCAGAUACAUUGGAUUUACUAACUUCGUUUCGACGUGGCUGAUCCGUAAUGUCGAUCCUCGGAAGCAACAUCCAGGAACAGCCGUGCAGCUGCCUCUGCCGAAGGAUGUGCCUAUGUCCUUCCGCGUGCUUCCCGAGUAUAUUGUUGAGGAUGUGGUGGAUUAUUUGCUGUUUGUCGUCCGCCAUUCACCCGAAAGCCUUGAUUUGUCCGGCAAAACAGAGCUGAUUAUCUUCGCUCUGACAUUCCUUACGUCAACUUGGUAUAUCAAGAAUCCGUUCUUGAAGGCGAAGAUCAAUGAGAUGGUAUUCUACGGUGUUCUGCCUUACGGCCACGAGAGGCAUGGGAUUCUGUCGGGAUUGCUGAACUCACACCCUAUGGCUUUGAAACACCUGAUGUCUGCUCUCAUGCACUUCUACGUCGAGGUCGAGCAGACCGGAGCGAGCUCACAGUUCUAUGACAAAUUUAGUGAACGGAACAUUGCAUACAUUCUGAAAGCUAUUUGGGACAACCCAACACACCGUGAAGCUUUAGAUAUUGAGGCCAAAAACGUCGAUAAAUUCGUCCGCUUUAUUAACCUCAUGAUCAACGAUGUCACCUAUCUCAUGGACGAGUCGCUCAGCGAGAUGGCACAAAUCCGCACCAUCCAGGUUGAAAUGCGGGACCAGCAGACGUGGAAUGCGCAGUCGGCGCAAUACAGACGUGAUCGAGAGGGCGCCUUGCGUGGGCUUGAGCGCCACGCUUCCGGCUACACGACUCUGGGCAAGUCAACGGUUGAGCUCUUGCGCGUCUUUACCGCUUCGACGAAGACCCCCUUCAUGAUGCCUGAGAUUGUUGACAAGCUCGCGGCCAUGCUCGACUACAACCUCGAGGCGCUCGUUGGGCCCAAGUGCUCCAAUCUCAAGGUGGACGACAUGGAGAAGUACCGAUUCAGACCCAAGGAUCUGCUUAGCGACAUCAUCCAGAUAUAUCUCAACUUGAGCGACCAGGAUGAGUUCGCGCGCGCAGUUGCAGCAGAUGGACGGAGCUACAGCAAGAAAUGGUUUGAGCGGGCAGCAGAUGUUGCCACAAAGAACGCUUUGAAAUCAUCCACUGAAGUUGAGCAGUUGUUGACAUUUAUAAACAAGGUGGAAGAGAGGAAGGCUUCACUGGAGGCUGAAGAGGAUCUCGGCGAGGUACCCGACGAGUUCUUGGACCCUUUGAUGUUCACCGUCAUGCGAGACCCUGUGAUCCUUCCGUCCUCAAAGGCAGUCAUAGACCGUUCCACCAUCAAAUCACAUUUGUUAUCUGAUAGCAAGGAUCCAUUCAAUCGAGUGCCUAUGUCUAUAGAGGACGUAGUACCAGAUCACGAACUCAAGGCCCAGAUAGACGCCUUCAUCGCGGAGAGACGGGCUCAGAAAGGUGGUGCUAUCUCUGCGACUAAUCCUCAGGAAGCGAUGGAUGUAGUAACAGAGUAA